AUGGUCGAGAACCAGAUACCCAUUUUCGUCUUGCAAGACAUCGCCACGACGAUUGGCGGGAAAUACAAAUCAUCGGGCGUACUGUCUUCGGGUUUGAUUCAACUUUGCCGGAGAUUCUCGCCGCUGGAGCUUAAAUCGAGCUACCCGCUGCCGGAAGUAGACGAUGCCGAGCCUCUCCAUCUGUUGGAUCUGCUUUACAAUCUAAUUCUCCUGAAACGUGUCGAGAAGAAUGAGGAGGAGGAUCCGGAUCCUCAACUCGGGUUUCUGGAAUCCGUUUACCAUCUAAAACAUCCUUUGGUUCUCGCCUUCUUAUGGCCCGUCAAACAUCUCUCCCUCUUCGUCCCCAAAAUCCUGUCCGCCAUUCCAAUACUCAACAACCUAAUAGAUCUCAAUGUGAAGAAGGUGGCAGCGCCAAUCAUCUCAUCGGCGUCCGAGCUUAAAAGGGUUGUGGUCAAAUUGCAGGCGGCGUCAGGGAGCGUCAGGGACAUUAGUUUCAGGAGCAGAACUCUGGCAAUCCCCAAGUUCACGUGGAACCCUAUCUGCCAAGUGAUCCUCCAAAACCUCGUGGCCUACGAAUCCAUGGCGAAAUACGAAGAGGAUACUUUGAUCCUGACCCAGUACGGGAAAUUGAUGGACGGGCUGAUUAGGAGCGAGGCGGACGUGGGAUUGCUUAGAGAGGUGGGGAUUGUUGUUUGUGGAGACCAAGACAUUGUGGAUGUUGUGUCGGCGUUCAGUGGGAUAGGGGAAUCUAUAGGGAUAAAGGACAAGGGGCUUAUGGGAACGGUAAGGGAUUUGAGGAUCUUCCAUGCCAAUAGCCAUAAUUUGAGGACGUUUUUCUGGGUUUGUGUUGUGGUUCUAGUGGUGGCAGCCAUUGUGGAAGUAUACUCUCUGGAGAAAGCUCCGUCGGGCUCGACCAAACCGAUAUUGGGAUUAGGAAGACGAGUUAAUCCCGCCGGCUCCUGGCGGUCCAGCAAAGUCUUGGCAGCGAUAAUCCAGUCGUUUAAGAUCAUUAAUUUGGCUGGACCUUUCACUACUAAGUCCACCAUUUUAAGCCACUAA